AUGUCUGAAGGACGCGAAAGAUAUUCUUUGCGGCAGACGCCAAAAAAAACGGAACGUGCUGGUUUCGUCGAGACUCCACGAAUCCGUCGCCAGAGAAAGUCACAAUUCCCAGAAGACGCAGACGAUUCUUCCUCCGCGACAGAUAAUCCGCCAUCCAGAAUGAGAUCUUCGAGUCGAAAAGUCAAUAUGGUCGAGACGGCAACAACCAACAAUCAUGUCAGUAAUGGCGCAGCAAUCAAUGGCUUCACUUCCGCAUUGAAUGACUCUAGUACGAUCGAAUCUUUGAAGAGUGGAAGCGCAAAUGCCAAGAGCGAAACCAAGGAGAAGGCAGUUAAUGGGAAAUCUACAAAGGUUACAAACGAUCCAAAGAUUGAUGCUUCUGGCCAUUUCGAUUUUGGUGGUUCUUUCGGCGUUAGUGCUAUGAUGAUUGGCUUCCCUUGUCUCAUGUGGUAUAUGUGGAUUGGAGCAACAUACUAUGAUGGGAAAUUCCCCACGCCGGAACCAGGUCAAGAAUUCCUCGAUUUUGUGAAACAUCUGGGUGAUCUCGUCUACACAGGGGCAUACCCGAGUCUUCGUGCCUGGAAAAUCUACUGGGUUUUCUUCGUCUUUGAGGCUAUCUUGUACUGCCUUAUGCCAGGAGUUUGGGGUUAUGGCAAACCGCUUCCUCACGAGGGAGGUAAGCAAUUGCCAUACUAUUGCUCUGGAAUUUGGUCUUUUUAUUUCACCAUCAUCACCGGGGCUGUUUUGCACUACUUGGACAUCUUCAAAAUUUAUACUCUCUUAGAUGAGUUUGGACCAAUAAUGUCGGUAGCCAUUUGCUCGGGAUUUUUGGUCUCAAUUGUUGCUUAUUUGUCGGCUUUGGCACGUGGAGCUCAACACCGAAUGACAGGCUAUCCAAUUUAUGACUUCUUCAUGGGAGCCGAGUUGAAUCCAAGAAUGUUCGGCAUCUUGGAUUUCAAAAUGUUCUUCGAAGUUCGUCUACCUUGGUUCAUUCUCUUGGGGCUUUCCUGUGCCGCUGCAGCAAGGCAAUAUGAACAAUAUGGUUAUGUAUCAGGCGAAGUCGGAUUCUUGGUCAUGGCUCACUUUUUGUAUGCAAAUGCAUGCGCUAAAGGAGAAGAAUUGAUCAUAACAACCUGGGAUAUGUACUACGAGAAAUGGGGAUUCAUGUUGAUUUUCUGGAAUCUCGCGGGAGUUCCUCUCAGCUACUGCCACUGCACCAUUUAUUUGGCUAACCACCCGCCAUCUGAAUACUCGUGGAACAAGUACUUCCUUUUCUUCUUGUACACAACGUACCUAUUCGUAUACUGGGUCUGGGAUACCACCAACAGCCAAAAGAACAGAUUCAGAUCUCGUGAACGCGGAACCGUCACAGAUCGUAAAGCAUUCCCUCAAUUGCCAUGGAAGGAGGUUAUGAACCCACGUGUCAUCAAAACCAAAACUGGUGACUCAAUUUUGGCUGAUGGCUGGUACGGAAAGGCUCGCAAAAUCCAUUACACCUGCGAUUUCUUCUUCGCUUUCUGCUGGGGACUUAUUACUGGCUUCAAGAGCCCAUUUCCUUGGUUUUAUUGUGUCUUCUUUGCCGGUAUGAUCUCUCAUCGUGCAUAUAGAGAUAUUCAAAAGUGCCGAGAGAGAUAUGGAGAGGCUUGGGAGGAGUACGAAAGAUUGGUUCCAUAUCUGUUCAUUCCAGGUAUCUUUUAA